ACGCAGAGAGCGGGUCGAUGCGUCCAAAAUGGCGGAGCGGGGCGGGCGAGGCGGUGGUAGGAACAGCGGCGGCGUCAGCGGCAGCCUGGACAAGAGCAUCACCCUCCCGCCGGACGAGAUCUUCCGCAACCUGGAGAACGCCAAGCGCUUCGCCAUCGACAUCGGUGAGCCGGGGCUGGCGGGGAGAGACGCCGCUGAGGGCAGAGAGGCGGCGGCAGCCAGCGCCGCUCCUCACGGCCACUUCACCAUCUUCAUUUGAGAGAGAAAAAGGGAGGCGGACGCGCGGAGGAGCUGAGGCGCCGCCGCCGCCGCGCGAGGAACGCCGGGAACGGUAGUCCCGCUUUCCAUAGCGGCCCGUGGCGGCUGAGGGAGAAGCGGACGGCAAGUCCCGGCGUGCCCCGGGAGCGAGCGGGCGGCGCGGCGCACGGCGGGAGGUGUAGUCCCCGCUCUCUCCGCGGCCGGCGCUGGCUAGUGGCGAGGAAACUACGAAGCCCAGAGUGCCUUGCUCAGGGGCCGGGAGGGGGCGGGGGAGAGGUAGAGAAGAGAACCUAUAAACAAGGUUGCCUGCUUUGGCUGUACCUUCCCUGCCAUUAGGGGUGGGAAACCCCACUAGGGUUGGGGGCUGGGGGCUGCCUGGGUAUCGCCCCCAUACUUGGGGUGGGGGAAUUGGAAAGGAGUUUGACCUUGUUUUCUCCCCAAGUGGGGGUUGGGAAAUGUGCUACCCUUGGAGGAAGGGGAAAUAGGAUUGGGCAGGUUUGCAGAGGUGGCCCCCAGGGCCUUUCUCCCCGGCCCUCAUGGCUCUCCUCAGGCUAUACCAGCCCAGCAUUGCACACAUAGGAUCAGAGAGUAGGAAUGGGCCACGAGGGUCAUCUAGUCCAACCCCCCUGUGAUGCAGGAAUCUUUUGCCCAAGGUGGGGUUUCGAACCCACAACCCUGAGAUGAAGAGUCUCUUGUGCUCUAUUGACAGAGCUAUCCUGAGUUCUGUUUUUUGCUUUGCUGGAAACGUGCCCUUGAAAUGCGUCUCUCGUUCAUCUUGUUGAAGGGCAGGGUGUUUUGUGCGUGCUAGUGUAGAAACUGACCUGUUGUGUAAAGUUAAAAUUUGCAUUCGCUGCUCUGCCCAAUUUCGCUCCCUGGGCCCACCCAUUGUUUGCAUGUGGCCCUCAGAAGGUUGCCUGGGAGGGAAUGUGAACCUCGGCCGGGGGGGUGGGAGUUCCCCACUGCUGAAAUGCAGGUGUAUUAUUACACCGUCAUUUUAUGUAACGUUCUUUAAACACGUUCAAAGCCAGUGCAGUGUGGUUGUGGUGUGUUAGAAUAGUACCUAGAGGACCAAGGUUCAAAUUCUCCCUCACCGAUGAAGCUCGCUGGGUGACCUUGAGCUAGGUGCUAAAUAUCAGCCUAACCUAGCUCACAGGAUUGUUGUGUGGAUAAAACAGAGAGAUUUUGCUAUUUUAAGCUCCUUGGAGGAAAGAUGGGAUACAAAUGAAAUAAACAAAAAAUAAUAAACAAAAACUGAAAGUACUGCUUAUUUGGUAUAACAUUAUAUCCUAUCUAUUUAUUUUUAAAUUUAUAUCCCACCCUUUCUCCCCAGUAGACUUUGGUGUUUAAAGUGCUUUGCAUAUGUUCAUAUAUACUACAGUGUGGGAUUAAGGAAUUUGUGGCUGAAAUUGACAGAUGAUUCUUCACUUGUUGAGGCAGGCCACGAAAUGGACAGUGGGUCUAGGUUUGGGAGAGUAAGUAGUACUGACCUGCCUUUAUCACUUGUCUUGCAUUUGUCCCUGGUUUUUCAUCCCUGAACGUUUGCGUGUGUGAGGAGAAUAGGACAGAUCGGAGAUUUUGCUGCAUCCCUGUCAAUGAGGGACAUCCAGCUAAAUCAUACUUAAAGCUGAGAUUAAUAGAUUUAAAUGUUGUUUAAGUCAAUGGUUUCAGUGGUUCUGCUUUGAGAUGGACUACUACUGGCUAUCACUCAAACCUUUUACCUGUCCAAAAGAGACAAUUUUCAUAUUAUGUGUGGGUGGGAAUAAGCCAUAAACCUCAUUUCAAGAAGAGGUCCUUUGUCACAUAAUUAUGCUGAUUUAUAAAGAACUAGACAUCUCAUGCCAUUGCAUGUUGUUCCUGGAACUGCUGCUUAGCAAGCAUUGGUGCCUGUGCUGAACUUUUGCUCUUUUGUUCGGAGAAUUAUCUGAGUUGUGUUUCCUCAAGAGUUGUUUAAAACCUGAGUCUUGCUGGAACAAGAUGAUGUUUCCUGUUCUCAUUUUUGUCUUACAUUUUGAAUCAUCUGCAAUUCAAGCCCCGCAGUAGACAAAAUUAUACCAUGCAAUUAAAAUCAAAGGAUUGGGUUUGCAUUAAGAGCUUGAGCUGGUAUCCCCUGCCCCCUUGUGGAGUGUAACUUCUCCAAAAAAAGAGAGAUGAUGAUAGCUUUGUUUUUCACAUUUAACCAAAAAUGUGGGUUAAAUGCUAGAGCUUGAUUUCUUCUCACUAGGUCAGAGUGGAAUUAAAGCAAGGAGAUUAGCUGUAACCUCAGACACAAGAGCAUCCCACAGUGGGCGUCCGAAACAGUGUUUGGACACCCACUUAGCUCUGCCAAUUAGACAUAAAUCAGGUAUCACAUGUUGUUAUGCUCUAGAAAGUCCCCCCCCCCCCACUCACAGUUGCAGAACAGUGUCACAGCGGACAUCAAUAUAGGUCUUUGUUUUUAAUAGAAUCUUAUUCAGUGCUGCUUGUUGUGCGUUUGUCACUUCAAACACAAAGACAAAAUAAAAAACCACAAAAGCAAACUCCCUACAAAGAGUAUGCAUGUUAUUCAGCAGGUGUAGUAAAACUGGGUUCAGGUGCCCAGGCUGUCUUUCCUAGUGACAUAUGUACUUGCAGAAUUUUCUGUGGAAUCUGGUAUAAAUUGGAUGUUGGGAGAUCUUCUGCCUUGCACAGCUUUCGGAAUCAAGUGGUACAACUUUUUUCACGGACUCCAGGUUGCAGGUGGGAGUUUGUGGGAAGGUUCCCCUGAUUAUUAUUUUUUAAAAAACCCUCUGUGUUUGGUGCAAGUCCUUGCAUUCUCCCUCUCGUGUGACAUUUCUACAUGUAAGCCUUUCGCCUCCUUGGGGAACAUUUAAAAUGUACUUAAUAACAACAACAACAACCUGAGAGCACAUGCAGCUUGAACAGACUUACGAUGCAUCCCUGUUCACCCCAACUCAAAUUCUGGAGUGCAUGCUGUUUCUUUCAUUUUUAAAUCUUUUAGGAAGGAACUAUGUGCCAGCUUUAAAAGUGUACUGGAGCAGCAUAUUUCAUAAAAAUAGGGGAGAACCUAAGAAGAGACCUGCUGGAACCAAAGGCACAUGUAAUCCAUCCAGUGGCAAGCCUGGCAAUGCCCCUUAUGGGAAUCCCACAAGCAGGACCUGAGUGCAGGAUCACUCCUUCCCUUCUGUGGUUUCCAGCAACUGGCAUGCAGAGGUACAAUGCCUCUGACAGCAGAAGCUGAACACAGCCAUCCUGCUGUGUUGGUCUAAUCCUUUUCUAAAACCAUCCAAGUUUGUGGCCACCGCUGGACCUGUGGGAGCGGAUGCCACAGCCUCAACUAUGCGCUGUGUGCAAUAUUAAUUUCCUUUGUGUGUCGUGUUUUCCUGUGGAAGGCUGCAACUCCCUUAUCUCAAUGGGGCAGAGGAAACGCUUCAGUUCAGCAUUUUCUGCAGCUUUCUGGAGAUUAGUCCUGACAAAAGGAAAUAACUACACGUUUUUUUUUUUUUAAAGCAAUUUAUUGGGUUUUACAAUAGGAAUAAAUGUAAUAAACAAUAUAGCAUUCGUCUUAACAUAUUUUCACAUUUUCUUAGGACUUCCUCACAUCUCCCGCUCCCACCUUCAUCAUUAUAACAUUUUGUCAGCAAUUUAUCAUCUUAUUUAAAUUCUUAUAUCUCUUCGAUAUUUCAUAAUCUUAAAGUUCUCAUAAAGAGUUAAACUUUCACAAUUUUUCUUGUUUCCUUAAAAAUUUCUAAGUUAAGUGGUGCUCAGUUAUUUAGUCCAGCAUCUUAUUCAGCAUUCAAUCAAAUCACAAUGUUUUUGUAGGUAGUUCUUAAAUUUCUUCCAAUCCUCCUCGAUUCUCUCUUCUCCCAGGUCACGGAUUCUGCCAGUCAUUUCAGCCAGUUGCAUAUAGUCUAUCAGUUGCAUCUGCCAUUCUUCCAGUGUGGGUAGAUCUUGGGUUUUCCAAUGUUUUGCAAGUAGUAUCCUUGCUGCUGUUGUUGCGUACAUAAAAAUGUCUGGUCCUUCUUUGCCACCCCUUGGCUGACAAUACCCAAAAGGAAAGCCUCUGGUUUCUUAGUGAAAGUAUAUUUAAAUACCUUUUUCAAUUCAUUGUAAAUCAUUUCCCAGAACGCCUUCACUUUAGGGCAUGUCCACCAGAGGUGAAAGAACGUUCCUUCACACUCUUUGCAUUUCCAGCACUUGUUAUCAGACAGGUGGUAAAUUUUUGCGAGUUUGACUGGGGUCAUAUACCAUCUAUAAAUCAUUUUCAUUACAUUUUCUUUCAAAGCAUUACAUGCAGUAAAUUUCAAUCCAUUACUCCACAGCCUUUCCCAGUCCUCAAACAUAAUAUUAUACCCAAUGUCCUGUGCCCACCUUAUCAUAGCCGAUUUAACCAUUUCAUCUUGUGUAUUCCAUUCCAACAGCAAGUUAUACAUCCUUGAAAGUAUCUUAGUCUUUGGUUCUAACAAUUCUGUUUCUAAUUUCGAUUUCUCCACCUGGAACCCUAGUUUCUUAUCACUUUUAAAAACUUCUUUAAUCUGAGCAUAGUGUAACCAAUCUCGCACUUUGUCUUUCAUUUUCUCCAAGCUCUGCAAUUUCCAAUUGUCUCCAUCUUUUCUAGUAUUUCCCAAUAUUUUGGCCAUUUGGCCUCCAUAUUGGGUCUUUUCGGGCCUUAGCUUCCAAAGGUGAAAGCCACCUUGGUGUUUUAUUUUCCAGCAAGUCUUUAUAUUUUGUCCAGACAUUAAACAGUGAUUUUCUAACAAUAUGGUUCUUAAAGGCCUUAUUUGCUUUAACUUUGUCAUACCAUAAAUAUGCAUGCCAUCCAAAAACAUUGUUAAACCCCUCCAAAUCUAACACAUCAGUGUCUUCAAGAAGUAGCCAGUCUUUUAGCCAGCAGAACGCUGCGGCUUCAUAGUACAACUUUAAGUCCGGCAGGGCAAAGCCCCCUCUAUGUUUUGCAUCGGUUAGUAUCUUAAACUUAAUUCUGGGCUUUUUGCCCUGCCAGACAAACUUCGAAAUGUCUCUCUGCCACUUCUGAAAGCACCCCAUUUUGUCCAAUACCUGCAAUGUUUGAAAUAAAAACAACAUUCUUGGCAAUACAUUCAUCUUAAUCGCAGCAAUUCGGCCUAACAAAGAAAGUUUCAAUUUUGACCAACUGUCUAAGUCUCUCUUAAUUUCUGUCCAACAUUUUUCAUAAUUAUCCUUAAAUAGACUUAGAUUUUUGGGGGUUAGGUUUUCCCCUAGGGAUUUUACUUUUUAACCACAUUAAGUUCCGUCUCAUUCUGAAACCGUUCUGACUCUGUCUCAGUCAGAUUUUUCCCCAAAACCUUAGUUUUCUGUUUGUUUAAUUUAAAUCCCGCCACCCGACCAAAAUCAUUAAUCAAUUGUAAUACUCUUUUCGUACUAGGCUCUGGCUUCUGCAAGGUCAAAACCAGGUCAUCUGCAAAAGCUUUUAAUUUAUAUUGUUUCUGACCAACCUGAAUUCCUUCCACCAGCUGGUCCCCUCUGAUCAUGUUCAAUAGCACCUCCAGGACCGAGAUAAAUAACAAAGGGGAAAUAGGGCAACCUUGUCGUGUCCCUUUUUCAAUUUUGAACUCUUCUGUAACCACAUUAUUAACUAUCAGUUUUGCUUUCUGUUCUGAAUAUAUCGCCUCAAUCCCAUUCUCAAAACCCCGUCCCACUCCCAUCUCUUUUAAGUUUCCCAUCAUAAAUUUCCAAGAAAUGUUAUCAAAGGCCUUCUCCGCAUCUAUAAAAAUUAAAACAGCUUUUGUAUUUAUGUCAGUUUGGAGAAGUUCCAAAAUAUCAAUAAUGUUCCUUGUGUUAGCAAACAAAUGUCUACCUGGGAGAAAACCGGCCUGGUCCUUAUGGAUUACUUCAUUUAAAACUUUUUUAAAUCUACUUGCCAAAAUAUCUGCAAAUAUUUUGUAAUCCACAUUUAAAAGGGAGAUGGGACGGUAGUUCUUCAGUUGUGUCUUUUCAGUUUCUAACUUUGGUAUCAAUGUGAUAAACGCUUCCUUCCACGAAUCCGGUGCCCUCUUCCCUCCAUAAUUUCAUUGCUAACCUCCAUCAAAGGUUGUAUCAAAUAGUCUUUUAGUGUCUUGUAAUACUUGGAGGUCAGCCCGUCUGGCCCUGGAGAUUUGCCAAGUUGCAUGUUCUGAAUAGCUUGUUCAAUCUCCUGUCGUGUUAUUUUAGAGUUCAGGAUUGUCCUAUUUUCUUGUGACAGUUUAGAUAAUCCAUUUUUGCCAAAAAUUGUUUAAUCUCAACUUCGUCUUGCGGCCCUUGGGUAUAUAAUUUUUAAAAUAUCUCUGGAAACACUUUCUAAUGUCCACUGGAUUCUGAAUGUUUCUUCCAUCAACCUCUAAAUUUGUAACCGUGUUUAAUCUCUGUCUUCUCUUCAACUGCCAAGAUAGCAGUUUUCCACAUUUAUUCGCCGACUCAAACGUUUUUGUUUCAUUAAUUUGAUCUUCCAUUCAAUUUCCUGAUUUAUCAAUUUAGAAUACUGUGUUUGAUACAGUUUAAUUUCUCUCAGAGUUGGCUGUGACUUUGGAUUCACUCUUAAUUUCUUCUCUAAUUCUUUUAUUUUAUCCAAAAUCUUGUCUUUUUUCUCAUUUUGUGUUUUUUUCUUUACUACAUUCUGUUGUAUCAGAAAACCCCUCAUGACAGCUUUGCUUGCGUCCCAGACGAUUCUUUUUUCCACCGAAUUGUUCAUAUUUAUCUCAAAAUAAUCUUUCAAAACUUUUUGGGCCUUCUUGGUAAUUUCCUGAUCUCUAAACAAAUUGUCAUUCAUCUUCCAUCUAAAGGAUCCAGUUGGUAGUAGUGUCAUGUCCAUCUUUACUGCGUUGUGGUCAGAACAGGUCUUUGGGCAGAUUUCCACUUUUCUAACCCUAGGUGCCAGGCCUCUAGAGAUCCAUAUUUGGUCGAUUCUUGUCCAGGUCAGUUGGGCUUCAGAAAAGAAUGUUCCUUCUCUACCUAGUGGGUUUUUGUUCUCCAAAUGUCGAUCAAGUCCAUAUUGUCAGUCAUUUCAAAAAGGUUUUAGGUAGUCUGCCAUCUUUUGUGAUGUUUUGACUUUGCGACUUGUCCAUGUUAGUUGACACGACCCCGUUCAUGUCUCCCAUCAUUAUGAUGUUGUUGUAAUCCAGAUGAUCCAGCAUUGUCCCCUGCAACUUCUUGUAAAAUUCCGAUUUCCCUUCAUUAGGCGCAUAGAUUCCUAAUAUCAGCAGUUUCUCUCCUUGAUAUUGUAUCUCAAUAGCCAAAAUCCUUCCAUGUUCAUCUUUAAAUAGAAAUUUAGGUGACAGGUUCUCUUUUGCAUAUAUCACCACUCCUCUCUUCUUCACUUUAUCCGACGAAAUAAAUUCCUGGCCCAAUCUUUUAUUUAUUAACACUUUUCUGUGGAGCCUCGUCACAUGUGUUUCUUGUAAGCAAAUAAUGUCCAAUUGUUCUUUUUUAAUAUAUGAAAAAUUUUCUUCCUUUUCUCCGGAAUAUUGCAACCAUUAAUAUUCCAGCUCAACAGUUGCAGAGACAUCCUGGAUCUAUCUGGUUAUUUCUCCUGGGGUGGUGUCUUCUCUUGAUCUUCAAGUUCCCGAGGUGGAGGUAUUGAUGCUGGCUUUGCCUCAGGCCCGGAAGGUAGUUCAAUUCCUUUAUGUAGGUCCUCUCCGUAUGUAGCUAGAAAUUUAUCUCUCUCUUCCAAUGUUCUAAUUUUAACCUUUCUCGCUCUAAAGGUAAAAGACAAUCCUUGGGGAAAAUCCCACCUGAAUGGAAUUGCGUUGCUCCUUAAUAGUUUAGCUAGUUCAGAAUAGGCGGCUCUAAGGUCCAACAGUUGUCUUGGGAUAUCUUUAUAUAUCUCAAUUCUUCUAUCCAAAACUUCCAGUGACUUUUCGUAAUGUAGGCCCAAAAUCUUAUCCCUUUCCUCCUUCGAUCUCAAUGUAAUCAAACAAUCCCUGGGCCUCUCCUUCUUUAUAAAUCUUCCAAGUCUGAAAGCUGACACAAUUUUAAAGUCCUUUUCUUCCAAAUUCCAGAACUUGGAAAGUUCUUUGGUCAAAAACUCAGUUAGAUUUCCUUCUUCUGCCUCUUGUAAUGAUCUAAUCCUCAAAUUAUUCUCACGAUUUCGCAGUUCUAUCAUAGAAAGAUAAAUCUGAUGUUCCCCAACUUGUUUGGUGAGUGGUCUUACCUCUUGCUCUAAAUUUUCCAAUUUUUGUCUGGUAUCCUCAGCCAAUUUUCGAUUUUCUACUGAGGCCUCCGUCAACUGUCCAAUUGCUUGUGUAUUCUGUCCCACCUGUGUAGUUAAUUUGUUUAGACACUCUGUAUUUUUAUCAAUCUUUGCUGAUUGCGCAUCUACUUUCUUGUCCAAAGCUUCCAAUUUUUCAAUUAUUUUUUCUAGCACAGAAGCAGAUGCUCCUGAGGCCAUAUCUUCCAAUUGUAACUGCUCUACUUCACCCUCUCCCUCUUUUGCCUGUGGCAAGGCAGCUUCUUCAAGUUGUACUUCUGAGGGCAAAGUAGGCACAGAUGAUCUACGUGUCUGCGAGGCUGAGGUUAGAUUUGUUAGAGUUGUUUGCCUAACUCUUCCUCUUCUUCUUGUACCACUCAUUCCAAUGUUAUCUAUCAGUCAAGGUCACACUGAGUUUUUCCCACAGGAAUAGAGAGUCCCAGAGCAAGCAGACAACAAGAGAAUCGAAAGUAAAUGUUUUUAUAAAGUCACUGUUUUAAUCCAAUCCUCUAGAGGGAGCUUAAAAUGUCUUUUCAGAGUCUGAUUUAAUGUCCCAGAACCUUCCAAUAUAAGUAUUAAGCAGAGUUUAAAGGUAAUCACUUUGUUGCAGACAGUGCUUAUUUAUCUCCAAAAAGGAUGUUUCAAAUUUAAAAUGUCUCAAUGCCCUCAAAUUGUUGCAACUUCUAGUAUACAGUAUCCAAGUCAAACACUGACAGCCCACUGUUACAGUGCUCAAGCAGUCCUGACUCUGGGUUUCACCUUCCAAUUUGUAAUCCAAUAAAAGGGGGAAAGUCAAGUGCAAAUAAAAGGUCCAAAUCUUUAACUUGCUAAUUUUACUUUAAAUUGUAAGUUCCAUAGAUGCUUGGCUGUGUAGAGUUUAAAAUCUCUUUCUUUCAGCCUCCACUCCUCCACCUUAGUUGCUUUUUUUUUCCAAGUUCAAUGGCAGCGGAAGACGGACUUCCUGUUUCCACGUCUCUCCGCUUUCAGCCAAAUUCAAGUCAAUUUAAACCUUCUCAUUUAAAAUUUGUAAUUCCAAGUGAUUCAGUCUUUACUCACGAGUAAGUUGUUUUCUUCCAGGUCCGAAUUUUAACAGGAAAAGGGAUCAGCGCUCACCGGCAGCAGCAGCGCGGCUUCACUCCGCUGACUGUGAAACGGCUCACAGCGCCGCAGCCCCUCCACGCUCCGGAGCCUCUUACGAGGCUCCUUCUGCAGUUGGAGGGCUGCUCUUGGCGCCCGCCGAGCCUCAGGACCCCAGGCUCUUGCUGCCUGGGGUUUUUCUCACUGGGUCUCCGCUUCGCCGUAGCGGACGACCCGAUUUCAGCGGAGCUUCUUCUCCGGUCGGGAGAAGACCGCCAUUACCGUUCGCGCCGCCCCCGGAAGUCUCGGAAAUAACUACACGUUGGGCAAUCCUGAAUAUUGUGGGUGGGAACUACCAAAUAACCCGUGGCGAGGGUGGGCUUGGAACGCUCAGAGCGGAUUAAGCACAUCCUUUGAUUGUAAAAUAAUUGUCGCUUUCCUGGUUCCUUUGCUGAUUAGCUUAAAUGUCAAGUUCAGCCUUUUGGGGACCUCUUCUGGUGCACACAGGAGAGAGAGAUGAGGGUGCAGCCAUAAAGGAUUAAUAUUUAAAAUUAUUGCCUCUUGGUGUUUGUAUUGGGUUUUUUUAAAAAAAUCUGUUGCUACUUCCAGUGCAUAUUUUAUAUUCAUGUUUAAUUUUUCUGUAUUGAUAUUUUCUAAUGUGAGCUGUUCGUAAAUUAAUGUCGGUCCAGCUCGGAAGACACCUGCUGAAAUUAAUGCGACUGGCUUUUUUGGAUUUAAUUUUAGUAGGCCUACUCUGAGUAAAGUGUUGUUGGAUACACCCCAACGUAUUUUAGACUGAAAAUAACUCUCCAGUUAUAACAUAUGUAAUAGGCUUGCAACUUCUCACCGUCUAGCUAUAGUGUCUGAAUGAAUAUGGUCCUAUAGCAUCAGUACCUAACUCUAUGGUCAAGUUCGAAAUUAGGUUGAACGUGUUGGACUAACACAUGGGAGCCUGGGGUCGGACCCCCCACUUAAUGCUGACCUGCCACUUGUGGGUGCAUAGUAAAAUUUAUCAUAUACAGUGUCGCUUUUGAAGGCAAUGAUUUGUGGGUGCUUGCAGUGAAUUGCCAUGUUAUGCUGGUGACAUGUCAUUUGCAAGAAAACCUCCCCCCUCCGAUGUUUCCAAAAAACAUUACUGUAAAUUUCAAACUUGCCCAUGAACUAUUAGCUCUGUGCAUAUUGCUACAGAUGGAUUUCCCCACCGCCCUACUUCUAGAGAAAACAAUUAUCGCAAGUUACGGGAAAAUAAUUGAGGUUGCCCAACAGUUACAUUGCUCACAGCUCAAUUAAAAGAAAGCACUUAAACUACUUGUGGCAUGCUUCUUGAUUGUUUUUGUAGGGAGGAUCAAGCUGGUCAACAAUCAGUUUACUGUUAAUUGGAGUUCAAAUGAUAUUAGCUAAAGCACAAAAUAUUACGUAAAGAAGCUUACAAAUGUUACGUUGGUCACUAAGGCAUUACCUCACAACUUAAAGGCUGUAUAAAACCAAGCUGGAGUAACGUAGAUUAAAAACAGGUCAUAUUGUAAGCAGUUGGCUCUCACCUUAUGCAGGGGUUCCAUUCGUGUAAAGCCAGAAUUGAGCAUAGUCAAUGCAACCCUUUAAAAAACUCUCCCAAAGCAACUGAAGACUCUCUGAUCGCCUCUACAGUGGCACCUCGGUUUACGAACUUAACCCAUUCCAGAAGUCCGUUCUUAAACCGAAACCGUUCUUAAACUGAGGUGCGCUUUCCCUAAUGAGGCCUCCUGCCACCGGUGCCCUUCCACCAUUCAGCUUCCGUUCUUAGACCGAUGUAAAGUUCGCAACACCACUUCUGGUUUUGUGGAGUUCGUAAACUGGGUUGUUCUUAAACUGAGGUACUACUGUACAGUCUCUCCCAAUUCUGAUACAGACUCUCUCUGAACCUCCAAAUGCUCUUGCAGGAAGAGUGCAAUGAGGGGUGGGAUAGCCAAUAUUUUUUUCCCAUUCUCCCACCCCCUUGCGACGUUUUCCCCCCUUUCACUCCCCCCUUUUUUGGCCAAGCAUGUAAAACUGAUUACACAAGUAAAUAAGCUGCAAAUCCAUUGUAUCUUCAAGCAAUAUAACUCUGUUUUCCUUAUCUCCUUAAUUUUAAGGUGGGUCACCACCUAGGACGCAUGCCAGCUGAGGCUAGCUUGGUCUAACUUAACAGGUCUCUGCUAUCCCUGCCCUAAUCUUGUAGACCAGAGGUAACCACUGCAGUCCUCUCCUGACGUUGCUGGACUACAGCUCCCAUCAUCCUUAGCUAGCUGAGGCUGAUGGGAUUUGUAGACCAAAAACUUCCGGAGAGGCCCCGUGUUAGCUGCUCCCAAUGCUUAUCUCGCUGCUAUAAUAUUUUUAUUUUGUCGGCAGGUGGGUCGCUAGCCAAAUUGGCUUAUUAUUCAACAGUACAGCAUAAAGUGGCGAGAGUGCGAUCUUUUGAUCAGUCAGGAAAGGUAAGGUUACUAUUAUUUUUAUUACUGUGCAGCCAAAAUCCUUACUGUUUUUGUUAAUGUUCAUUUGAAGAUAGUGACAAUAAAAACAUACUCAAAAUAUACGAAUGUGUGGAUAUUGCAAUAGUUUUAAAUCAUGCUAUAGUGGCAUUUUGUGGCAGAUUGGGACUGCUAAAUUUAGACUUCCUCAGUGGGAGAGAGAGGAAGCGGAGCUUACUCCCAUCAGUUCUGCUGUGACAGGCCAGCUCCAUCAGACCUCCUCUCCCCUUGACUGUCACUUGGGGGCAGCUAUUGCGUCAGGCUUCCUCAGAGGGAGAGAUAGGCGUUGGGCUCAUUUCAUCAGUUUUGCUGGAGACUCCGCUGCAUCAAGCACCUCCUGCCCCUGAACUGUGCCAGCUGGUCCUUAUAGGAACAACUAUUUAGAAAUUGGUGCCCGAGUUUUUGCUUUUCCUCUUCCCUCCUAUCCCCGUUUCCUUGUGUGUCACAUUUUUUUUUUAAUUGGAAACCUGCGGGUAGGGACUGUCUUGUUUUACUUGAUUGUAUGCAAGCAGCUCUGGGAGCCUUUUUGGCUGAAGUGUGGGGUACAAAUGCUCCAAACAAGUAAUAAUAAAAAAAUAAAAAAGGAAAGCAACCUCUGAAUUUGCUUUUCGUUUUAGAGUUGGGGCUGUUGUUCACUUCUUCUUUUUGUUGCUGUUCCCCAAAGGACGUAGAACAUGAAUCGCCCUACGAAAUCACGGUGCAGGAGGAGAUAACGGCUCGGCUGCAUUUCAUUAAGUUUGAGAACGCCUAUAUUGAAACCUGUCUGGACUUCAUCAAAGACCAUCUCGUCAACACGGAAACGAAAGUGAUCAAAGCCACAGGAGGUGGUGCGUACAAAUUCAAAGACCUUAUUGAGAAGAAGCUGGGACUAAAGUAAGUGGAAAUGCAGAGGCAUCCUUUGUGUUGGAAAUUAUUAUUAUUGGCUUUGAUGGGCUGCUGUAUGCUUUGAUCACUUGGCAUUGGCGCAGGCCUUGCCAUGAAGAAGUAGUAAACCACUUGCUUUGGGAGGCAGAUUCUCUUGACUUAUUUUUACCCAGUUCUUCAACCCCCAAACAAGCUUCUGUAGUGACAUACAGAUAUAUACAUAUACACAUAUACAGUGGUACCUUGGGUUAAGAACCUAAUUCGUUCUGGAGGUCUGUUCUUAACCUGAAACUGUUCUUAACCCGAGGUACUCUUUCUGGGUUAGCAGAGUCUGUAACCUGAAGCGUCUGUAACCUGGAGCAUCUGUAACCUGAGGUACCACUAUAUCUGGUUAUACAGUUGUAUCUUGGAAGUCAAACGGAAUCUGUUCCAGAAGUCCGUUUGACUUCCAAAACGUUUGGAAACCAAGGUGCAGCUUCUGAUUGGCUGCAGGAAGCCCUGCAGAAGCUGCAUCAGAUGAUCAGGUUCUAGAGAACGUUUGCAAACCAGAACACUCACUUCCGGGUUUGCAGCGUUCAGGAUCCAGGGUACGACUGUAUUUCUAAAUAAAUCUGUUACAGUAAGCCUGCAACUCACAUGCAUUUAACUUGUGCGCAUCCAGCCUUACAUGCUUGGCAAAUAAAUAAAAAGGGUGUCAGGAGGAUAAAGGAACUCUGGCAAUCCCACCUGCCAUAGAACCCCAAUUUGUUUUGACUAUACGCGAUUUUGGCUUUAGGUGCAAUCCCCGGAACGUAACCUCUGUGUAAGUUGUGGGCUGACUGUUGUUUACUUGCACAUAAACUUGGGAACUGGCCGCCUCUGGGCUGCAGAAUCGGACACCGCGUAGACUUCUCGAUUUUUUUAUUCUAACUUGAUGGGCUGGGUGGAGGGAAGGCUGGUAGGUUUCACAGGGCAUGUGGAGGUGGUCUGUGAGCAAACAGAGACCAGCAUAGCUGCAGAAGGAGUGAUGCCUCACCUAGACUUGAACACAGCCGCUUCCUUGUUCACCUGUGGUGAGAGGAAGCAACAGAGCAACCUGCAAUACAAUUUGAAUGUGUGUGAGGUCCCUUGAAAAGAAUGAGAUCUCACUGAAAGUGGGGUGACCCACUCCCUGCUCUCAGAAUGGCCAAGCAAGAUUAAUGCUAUCAGUGGAGCACAACGUAAGGGACAGUUCUUUUUCACCGGUCGAAGAGAAUUCUCUCUAAGUGAUCAGACGGGAAGACUUCACAGCAGGAACUUUUUUAGGAUUAUGGGUACUUCUGGAGUUUUGAGCAAGUUGCUGUGGGCACCACCCAUUUCUAGUCACUUCCCUCCCCCAGAUUCAUUCCCCACUAACACACACACGCCUGAGACGGAAAGAGACAACACUUGCACACUUCAGUUUUCGAAGUCAUUGUGGUAAAAUUCACAAUUAAAGUGAACAGAAUUAAUCUGAGUCUUGUAAAGCACAUAGAGCUGAAAGAAAAGGAACUUUACUUUUUUUAUUCAUGUUUUAGGUUAGAUAAAGAAGAUGUCAUGACCUGCCUAAUUAAAGGGUGCAACUUUGUGCUAAAGAACAUCCCCCACGAGGCAUUUGCAUACAUGAAGGAUGCAGACCCAGAAUUCCGGUUUCAGAUGAACCACCCACAUAUUUUCCCUUAUUUGCUAGUCAAUAUCGGCUCGGGAGUUUCCAUAGUGAAGGUAUGUAAAAUCAGCUUAACAAUUCAAUUGAUAAUUCGUAUGCAGAUAUCGAAAGUGUAGUUCAGAUUAAUGAAGGAAAGGCCUGGUGGCCGGAAUCUGGCUGGUGGCUGUCUAUCCAAAUGACACUUGUCACCUUUGCCUGCGGCCCCACCCACCACUGACAUGCUGCCCCCAGAAGGUUGUGCAAAAGGGAAUGUGGUCCUCUGUCUGAAAAAGGUUCCUCACUCCUCAUCUAAAACAUGCAUCUAAAAUAUGGCUCCCUUUUGUCUCGCAAUUGAAGAUCUUCCAGCUGCUGCUCCACCUGAUUAAACCAUGCAUGGUUUGCAUAGGUCACCUGUCUAGGCUGUUCAUCCCAUACUGAUCCCCACCUUUCUCUCUCUUCCUGGUUAUUUGAAAGCUGGGUUUCCCCAAGGGAAAAACAUGUCCAGGCAGGCACACACUGAGAUAUGUGUUCAUGUCGAUAUUAUAGCUGUAAUCUCUGUGUGCUGUUGUUGCUCCUGAUAGGUGGAGACGGAAGAUAAAUUUGAGUGGAUUGGAGGGAGCUCAAUCGGAGGGGGCACUUUCUGGGGUCUCGGAGCAUUGCUUACACAAACAAAGGUAAUACCAGAGGCUACAAUUUUGUCAUGACUUCGGUGUGUUGCUAAUAAGGGAAGAUCUCUUGGCCACCUUGGUUGACCCUCUUGUCCUGCGUGAGAAGCACAAAUUGGUGUUGGUGCUUCCUAGACCAAGGCCUCGUUCUUACUGCAGGUAGUCAAUCUGUGUCUGCAGUGAACAACUUCAGGUGGGGAGUCCACGGGACCUAAGAAUUAUCCAUCAUGUCAAGAGGUGCUCAAGUGACGUUUGCAGGGUGUUGUUUGUUUGUUUGUUUGUUUGUUUUUAGAAAUUUGAUGAGUUGCUGCAGCUCGCUUCGAAGGGACGGCACACAAACGUCGAUAUGCUUGUGAAGGAUGUUUAUGGUGGGGCCUACCAGACGCUGGGGCUAAGUGGAAACCUGAUCGCCAGUAGUUUCGGGAAAUCUGCCACAGCAGACAAAGGUACCACUUGAAAAUUCACUUCGUCGUGCUGGUGCGGUGAUAAAACCUGUGAAAGAACCCAUGGGUUUGUCUGCUGAGUUGCUGCCUUGUUCUGUCAGUCUUUUAAAACAAACAAAGUGUGUGUAAGGCUCUAGCCAACUAGGUUUUACUCAGAGUAGACCCAUGGACAGAGCUCACCAUGUAACUUGAUUCUGAUGAGGCUACAGGUCUAGUGUUGAAUUGACCAAACCAAGCCCCAGUGUUGCUGCUGGCUUCAUCCCUGAUUCAUUCCACAAAACCACCCGAGUUCCCUCCAGAGUAAAUUCUGGCCCGUUCUUACUCAUCUACAACUGGGAUAGCCAAUGGGGUGACCCUCUAUCAGCUUUUCUCAACCUGUGGGUCCCCAGAUGUUGUUGAACUACAACUCCCAUCACCCCUAGCUAGCAAGGCCAGACCUUAGGGAUGAUGGGAGUUGUAGUCCAACAACAUCUGGGGACCCACAGGUUGAGAACCACUAGAUCCUGUUGACCCACAACCCCCAUCAGCCUCUGCCAGCAUGCCCAAAAGAUGGGGAUGAAGGGAGUUGUAAACCAACAACAUCUAGAGACCACCGCGUUGGCUACUCCUGACUCUAAAAGAGUCCUCUUGGGUAUGUUUGCCUAUCCCUGGAUUAAAGGGACAGUCUUUUAUUUUCGUCUGGGUGCCAUAUGCUAGAGGUAGGGGCAGGGCCAGAGCCCAAUUUUUAGGGGGCACACUUUUUCCUCUCUGUCUCUUUCUUUCUCCUCACCCAGCAGGUUGUCUGCUCUUCCCAGAGACCCGAACUGAUUGCUUGCAAACGACUUUUACAAUUGUGCUGUGGGCCAUGAGUUGUUUAUCCAUACUUUUAUCUCUUUCUCCCCCCAUCCCCCUCCUUUUUAGAAUUUUCCAAAGAAGACAUGGCAAAAAGCUUGCUUCAUAUGAUCAGCAACGAUAUUGGGCAGCUGGCUUGCCUCUACGCCAAACUCCACAACCUGAACAAAAUUUAUUUUGGAGGCUUUUUUAUUCGAGGCCAUCCAGUCACCAUGCGCACAAUUACUUACAGUAUUAAUUUCUUCUCCAAGGUAAUGAAUUAUUAUUAUUAUUAUUAAUUAUUAUUAUUUAUUGGUUUUAGUUUUCAGGGAAUGACUAAAGAUGUUUGUUUGGUUUGCAGCUGUGUGAUUAAGUCAGGGGUGGGUAAUCUGGUGCCCACUAGAUGUUAUGCAACUCCAGCUCCCGUCUCCCCUGGGCUUUGGUUUAUGCUUGCUGGGCUGAUCGGAGUUUUGAGUCCAAUAAUAUCUGCAGGGCCACAACCUCCCCAUUCCUGGAUUAUGCAAAGCACUGUGUGUGUGUCCAACCUUUUCCCUAGAACUGGGACUCAAGGCAGCUCACAAAAAUUAAAACAAACACAGAUAGCUGAGAACAUAAAGGUUAAAAAGUAAUUAAGCUAUAACAGAAUUAAUAGCUGCGACCCACCCUUUCAGCUUUGUCACGCUUGAUAAUGCCUGUAAAGAAACAGGUAGUCAUUGAUCUAAGCCAUGCUAGUCUAGAGACAUGGCUUUCUUUUUAAUGUGUCAUUUAUUGGAAGCCCUAAACGAUGACCCUUAAUUUCUGUGCAUCUGAGUAGUACUAGCAUGUGAUACAGUGGUGCCCCGCAAGACGAAUGCCUCGCAAGACGGAAAAACCGCUAGACGAAAGGGUUUUCCGUUUUGAAGUUGCUUCGCAGGACGAAUUCCCCUAUGGGCUUGCUUCGCAAGACGAAAAUACCUUGCGAGUCUUGAGAUUUUUUUCGCUUUCCCCCUUUAUCUAAUCUGCUAAGCCUUUAAUAGCCUUUAAUAGCCUUUUAGCAGCUAAUCCCCUAAGCCUUUAAGCCUUUAAUAGCCGCUAAACCGCUAAUAGCGCUAAUAGCGCUAAUCCGUCAAUGGGCUUGCUUCGCAAGACGAAAAAACCGCUAGACGAAGACUCUCGCGGAACGGAUUAAUUUCGUCUUGCGAGGCACCACUGUACAAUGCAGAAACGAGCGAGUCAGGCAAAAUCAGUGACAGGGAAAUUCGUGCCCUCUUCACUCCACAGUGGCUGCCUGGUUUGUUCGUUUUUGCAAAAUAGCCACUGUAGUAUUUGCCCCCGUUGUCUUUGUUUACCCCAAAUGUGACUGGAGGCAGCAAAAAGCCCAAUUCAAGCGCCGUGUUUACGCUUGCAGAAUUUCUGCGUUGAAAUAGGUCUUGGAAUUCCUGCACAAAAUCAGGGUUGCAGCUUAUGAUCUGUGCUUGCCCUUUUGUUAAGAGCUGUAAACACAGUAAUGCAAAAAGAGCUUUACAAGCUAUUGGAGGCUGUCCAAACACAAACAUUUUCAUGUUGUGGCAGGGAGAGGUUCAGGCCUUGUUCCUGAGGCACGAAGGAUACCUGGGAGCCAUCGGUGCGUUUCUGAAGGGAGCCGAGCAAGACAGUAAGUACAGAACACCAAUACAGCGCUCUGAAAAAAGUUCACAAUCCUCUGUGGGGGAGUCUGAACCCCCUGCCGGGGGGGGGGGGGAUUAAGUCUCCUGCUCCAGCCAUUCUUGGACUUCUGGGCAUGGAGCUCCCAAUUUCUCACUCCAUUUACUGUGGUGGGUUUUAAAAGAGAUUUGGCCUCCUCCUCAGCCCGCCUGUUUGUGCCAGAACAUGGCGCUGCCGCCACCUCCUGCCUAGAAAAAGGAGGGGGAAAGUCAAGCCUCCAACUGUGACUUCUCCCCUAACAAGACCCAGUUGUGACAAGGAUAAUCGGCCAACAGAACAUAGGAUUGUCAACUUGGUCGUCUGCCCAUGAGAAGUCUCUCCCUUCUUCUCCUCCCCCAUCCCCCUCACCGGGGUAUUAAGAAUGUUUACUCAUGUUCCCACUGUUUUAUUAUUGGAGAGGGUAAAAGUCUUUCUUCUUUUCCCAAUUUUUGCUUAAUUGUUCUUGUGGUUUUCUAGCCAGAUAAAACCACAUAGGCAUCGCUUGAAAGCUUCCAGGCACUCACCAGUAGGAACCCAGGUUUUCACAUAGCUUAAAGCUUUACUGCUGGCAAAGAGUCAGGGACAUUUCCUUUGGGCUACAUCCUGCUCAGAGUAGACCCAGUGAAAUUAAUUAACCUUGGUUGGUUCUAUUCCGUGCAUUGGGUUUACUCUGAGUAGGCCUAGCGUCGGAUGCAGCCCUUCGUGACCGUGACUAUGGUCAUUCACCAUCAGAACAUUGUAAUAUGUAAACAUGAUUAACUUUCAUUUGUUUCUUCCCUAACUUUUUUAUUUUUUAAACCAGGGUUUCCCAGACUUGGGUCUCCAGUUGUUGUUGGACUACAACUCCCACCAUCCCUAGCUAGUAGGACCAGUGGUCAGGGAAGAUGGGAAUUAUAGUAAAAAACAGCUGGAGACCCAAGUUUGGGAAACCCUGUUUUAAACCCAGCAAAUGAUCCAACCAAGUUCUAUUGCCUUCCAAAACACCUGGCUUUAUUUGCUGUUUGCUUUUAUUAUUUGUACAAGAGAUUGUAAAUCUGUGGCAUGUGUGGGAAUCUCUCUCUGCAUCUUCCUAUUUGUUCUCGCCUUCAGCUAAUGGUUCCAUUUCUCUCCUCCCCGCCCCCACCAUCUCCUAGAUCCUAAUCAGUACAGCUGGGGGGAAAACUACGCUGGCAGUUCUGGGCUCAUGAGCACAUCGCCGGACAUCUGCCCUAUGCAGCGAGAAAGGAGUGGCACGGUGAGUCUCCUUAGGAUACAGCUGUGCAGGUGAGAAGAGGCUGGCUGCUGGACCAGGCCAAAGGCCCACCUGAUCUCACAGUGGCCAACCAGAUGCCCAUUAUGGGAAGCCUGGAAGCAGGACCUGGGACUUAAAGGACAUGUAGUUAUGCUAGAUUGCCGCUAAUGCACAGGUCCCCAUCGCGUUUUCCCCCCCAAGUUUCUCCAGGCGUAAACCACGUGUGUUAGUGCAGGUCUCCUGUCUAAUCUCAUUCUAUACUGAUAACAACCUUUUCUCCCCUCUUCCCAAGUUUGACAUGUUGGAAAUGGAUCGUUUGGAACGACCGCUUGUCAAUCUUCCCUUGCUGGAGGAUCCAUCCACCUACAUCCCGGACACGGUUGACCUCACCGACGAUGCCAUGGCUAGGAAGUACUGGCUCUCAUGCUUCGAGGAGGCCUUGGACGGGGUGAGGGCCUUCUGUUAAAUGUGUUGCCACAUAUAUCACAUGGAUUUGCAGGGGGGUUGCAGAUUUCCUAAUAGGAAAGUGAAACCCAUGGAAGUCCACCGAUUCUACAGGAGCGUCUGCGGAAACCCAGUGGGCUUAAAUAGACUCAAGGAGUCUAUGAAUCAGGGCUGGUGAGGGGUGUGACUAGAAAGGGUCCAAGGGGCCAGAGAGACCCGAAGGGCCACAUCCAGCCCCAGGACCUCAUUUUUCCCAUCUCUGGGUUAGCUGGUAAGCUAAGCCAGUGUUUGUGGACCCUUGGAGAAACUUGAGAUUUCUUUAAAUAAAUAAAUAAAAAUAUGUCGGGGCAUUUUUUUGUGUCCUCUUGCAUCUUAGAUAUGUGUUGCUGUUUUGUUUUGUUUUUUGGUCAGCUGCUUUCUUCAAACUAGAGCAACUAUUUAGCCUAAUCUAGAGGGCUUGCCGUUGCCUGGGCCCGGUUCUGACAUUUAUCUUUGCUUCCAGCUUCAUCUGCUUUCGUUUUCUAUUGAACAGCAACAGAAGCCGCAAAGUCUUGGAGGUGCAAGUAAUAAUGCCCUUGGCACUGUCUCUCCCUCCGCUUUCCUUCCUUCCUUUGCCAGGUCGCGAAGCGAGCUGCAGCCAGCCAGCCAGAGUCUGUUGAUGCAGCUGAGCGAGCCGAGAAGUUCCGGCAGAAGUACUGGGACAAACUUCAGACGCUCCGGCAGCAGCCUUUGUAAGUCGGUGCGUGCGGGACGGCAGUGGGUUGACUUAGCUGGAACCUAGUGCACAUUUUAAACACUGCUGGGUGUCUUGAUGAGCUGCUUGCUACUUUUGCAUCCUGAGUAAUUCCCACCAGUUUUGUAAAUGGCUCUAAAAGACGGCUAGUCUUAAUCCUCCGUAAAUUUUGCCUGUUGAUGGCCACUAGCCACAAUGGGCAUGUUCCAGCUCCAGAGGCAGAACACCUCUGAAUGCCUGUUGCUGGGAAUUGCAAGUUGGGAGAAUUGUGGCUGUGGUUGUGUCCUGCAUACCAGAGGCCUCUGGUUGGCCACUGUGGCAACAGGAUGCUGGACUGGAUAGGCCUCCUUUGGCCUGAUCCAGCAGGGCUUUGGGGCUUUCUGCUGUGUCCAGCUAGAUCAGAGAAAGGGAAGCUUUUUCAACCUUCUGGGGAGGCCACACUGGGCAAAAAGUCAGCAACGCCUUUGUGCAGUAAGCACACCUCUGUCCUCCAAACAAGCAGGAGGAAUUAUUGGAGUUCAAGGACACAUUCAAGCCAGUGCGACUGGGGAAGGGGUGUGGCCUGGAGCAAGUCCCGAGGGCCAGAUUCGGCCCCCAGGUCUGAGUUUCCACACUCCUGAACUGGAUGUAUUCAGGAAACCCACAAGCAGGGCACCAGGGCCAUAGCAUUCUCUCUCCUGUGAUUUUCCAGCAACUAUGAAUUCAAAGGCUUUCUGAAGGGAAGCACACGAGGAACAGAACUUGUAGCCAUUGAUAAAUUACCCUACAUGACUGUUGAAUCAGUUAGUGGCUGUCAGUGCAUUGCAUGGUCAUUACUUCCAUAGUUGGGAUAUGCGCUGGAAAUCUUUCCUUUUGUCUGUCUUUUUUUUUUGUCUCCGUUCAGCUCCUAUCCACUCCUCCUUCGGUUUAUUUCACUAUAUGUGUGUUUGAAACUGUCUAUCCCUUGCUGUUUGAAUAACUUCCUCCCCAAAGCAGCUGAUGAUCUCUUUAAAAAACAACCACCAGCAGCUCCGCCGUGGUGACAUGUAAAAAUAAGAUACAACCGAAUAGCAAGCUAGCGUAAAAAGUGAAGAAUGGAAUAUAAAGCAGGAUGCCAAUCAUAAAACGCAGUAUGAAGCUCUUAAAAACCCAGCAAGAAGUAAAAAGUGCAGAAGGAAACAGACUAAUUUGGAAAGAUUAGGGAGGGAGGAAUGCUUUCAACCCGUGUUGAAAAACAUCAGUGCUGGCUGGGUGCUUCACUCCUAAGGGAAUUCCAGAGAACCAUGGAAUACCUUUUGAGAGCAAGCCACUUAAUUAUCUUGAGAUGCAUGAGAGAUGCGUAUAACUAGCAGAGCAAAAGUUGCCCUUAAUUACCCUGCACGGCUAGAAAGGGGAAGAGCAAGAGCUCAGUGGCACACAGAAGGAUUCCAGGUUCAAUCCCAGGCAUCUUGCAACUAGGACUGGGAACAUCCCCUGUCUGAAUUCCUGAAGAGCCUCUGCCAGUCAGUCUAGACCAGGGGUAGUCAACCUUUUUAUACUUACCACCCACUAAUGCAUCUUUCUUGAUGGUAAAAUUUACCUACUGCCCACCAGUGCUCGAUGGAAGGAGGAUUCAGCUUGUGCCGUAGAACCUCCUACCGCCCACCUAGAAUCCUGAAAUGCCCAUUAGUGAGUGGUAGGGACCAGGUUGACAACCCCUGGUGUAUACAGUACUGGGCUAGAUAGAUCAGUGGUCUGAUUCAGUAUAAGGUUUCUGUGUUCUCAGCUGACCUAUGUCCUCCCUGCCCUUCCCCUUUCAUCUUCCCCAGUGCAUACGGCACCUUAACUGUUAGAAGUCUGCUGGAUACAAGGGAGCACUGUUUGAAUGAGUUCAACUUCCCAGAUCCCUACUCCAAGGUAAGUGUUUCCUCCUUAACUUUUUGGCUGUGCUCAAGUAAGUCUUAGAAUCAUAGAAUCAUAGAAUCAUAGAGCUGGAAGAGACCACAAGGGCCAUCGAGUCCAACCCCCUGCCAAGCAGGAAACACCGUCAGAGCACUCCUGACAUAUGGUUGUCAAGCCUCUGCUUAAAGACCUCUAAAGAAGGAGACUCCACCACACUCCUUGGCAGCAAAUUCCACUGUCGAACAGCUCUUACUGUCAGGAAGUUCUUCCUAAUGUUUAGGUGGAAUCUUCUUUCUUGUAGUUUGGAUCCAUUGCUCCGUGUCCGCUUCUCUGGAGCAGCAGAAAACAACCUUUCUCCCUCCUCUAUGUGACAUCCUUUUAUAUAUUUGAACAUGGCUAUCAUAUCACCCCUUAACCUCCUCUUCUCCAGGCUAAACAUGCCCAGCUCCCUUAGCCGUUCCUCAUAAGGCAUCGUUUCCAGGCCUUUGACCAUUUUGGUUGCCCUCCUCUGGACACGUUCCAGUUUGUCAGUGUCCUUCUUGAACUGUGGUGCCCAGAACUGGACACAGUACUCCAGGUGAGGUCUGACCAGAGCAGAAUACAGUGGCACUAUUACUUCCCUUGAUCUAGAUGCUAUACUCCUAUUGAUGCAGCCCAGAAUUGCAUUGGCUUUUUAGCUGCCGCGUCACACUGUUGGCUCAUGUCAAGUUUGUGGUCAACCAAGACUCCUAGAUCCUUUUCACAUGUACUGCUCUCAAGCCAGGUGUCCCCAUCUUGUAUUUGUGCCUCUCAUUUUUUUGCCCAAGUGCAAUACUUUACAUUUCUCCCUGUUAAAAUUCAUCUUGUUUGUUUUGGCCCAGUUCUCUAAUCUGUCAAGGUUGUUUUGAAGUGUGAUCCUGUCCUCUGGGGUGUUAGCCACCCCUCCCAGUUUGGUGUCAUCUGCAAAUUUGAUCAGGAUGCCCUUGAGUCCAUCAUCCAAGUCGUUGAUAAAGAUGUUGAAUAAGAUGUUGAAUAAGAUGUUGAUAAAGAUGUUGAAUAAGCUAAGUCCUACUCAGAGCAGACCCACUGAAACUAAUGAACCUCACCAGAUGUAUUAACAUCACUGGGUUUACUCCAAGUACAACUAGCGUUGUAUACAACCCAUAGAUUCUCAAAUCUUUUCUUUCCCAUGAGCAGUAAUGGACAAACUGUAGAUUUGGGUCCCUGCCCUGAGGAUUUCCCCUUCAGAGCAGUUGAUAAAGAAGAGUCCAGAGUAAUGGGGUAAAUGUACAAAUGUACAUUUCUAAAUGCACAAUUGUAAAUGUACAAAUGGAUGCCCUGCAUGUAUGUAAGACUCUGGGAGUGAGAAAGAGAUACCUAAAAGAGGUGAGAUGUUGCUAAAAGAUGGAAUUGUUUUGUUGAAAAUUGGAACACAAGAUGCAGGGAUGUAAGACUAGAAAGGUACCUGUUUUUGUAAAUAACAUUUUUUUAAAAAACAAACCAACAGAUAAAAUAGGCAACACCCCUUCCCCACCCUCCAAAAAACAGGCAGUCCAAAAAAAAAAAAGCGCAUUUCCAUUUGAAAGCCUGUACAGCAGGGGCGCAGGUAUAAUGCUUUUCAUGAUUUCUAUAAUUAGGGAGCCAACACCAAAAAGACCCCGUCUCUGAAUUCUGUCAAACUUGUUGUUUUUCCCAGCACCAAACUCACAUUGCUGCUUUGUAACGAAGAAGUUACUGGUGGAUUCUAGAAACAUCCACCUCUGAGCAUUUUUAGCCAUUUCUGUGAGAAAUGGCUCUUUUUAUAUGCUCUUGUCAGCUGUGGUUAUUCAACAAUCCCAUUGGAGGCUACAAAGCAGAGAGCUUGGGGUGGGGGGAGGGAUAAGGUGCUUCUAAAGGAAUUGAGCCUUAUCCUUCCUUCCUGUACAUAUCACCUUGUGCCUUACUUUCUUGCAGGUAAAACAGAAAGAAAAUGGCAUCGCACUAAAGUGUUACCAGAGCGUUAUCGACUCUUUGGAUUCACUAGGCUGGGAGGAGCGGCAGUUCGCUCUGGUGAAAGGACUUCUUGCGGGGAACGUCUUUGACUGGGGAGCAAAAGCAGUCUCAGAGUAGGUGUUCUAACCAUCUCUGUACAGUUCUUCAUCCCCCCCUCCCCUCAAAAGACUUUGAAUGCCCCUUGUAUUUUAUUUCUUCUUUUUCCAGCAAGUGUGCUAAUGACUUCUGCUUUGCCAUCUGCAAAUCGUUUUACGUUCCAUUAAUGGUAUUUGGGUGUGGCUAAUUCUCCCCAUGUGACUGAAGUGGGCAGAUUAAAUUCCCUUUAAAAAAAACACAACACACCUCAUUGCAUGAGAGAUCACUUCAUUAGCACUUAACCUGGUUGGUAACUUGCUGACAUGAUAAAUACAGAACCUAGCAGUAUGUGUAGCUUAGGGCUGCCAUACUGGGAUUUCACCGGGGAGGGGGCUUUCCAAAAGGUGGCGCUUUGUGCUGGAUCUUAGGCAAGUCGAAUAAAAAAAAAAUUGGCUCAACAACUUUGGAGUUUCCAAAAAAACCCAACAACAACUCAGGAAUUUUUGGGGUGUCCUGGUUUUUACUUUUUGAAAUAUGGCAACCCUAGUGUAGCUGUAAGACUAAUCAAGCAUUUGUUUCCCUAGCGUGAUGAUGAUAGGGGCAUGCUAGGAAGUCUCACCCCCUCCCAAGACAUCUGAGUCCCUGUUUUUUAACGUCCUUGAUGAACUGAAGCCAUAUUUCUGAAGUGGGGAGUCUCCUCCUCUUAGAGGUGGACUUCCUCUCCGAUUUUUGAAAUGUGUGUGUGCGCAUACACUGAUACUUGACGAAAUUAAGAAUUGCAGUCCAGCCCUACUUCCUCUCAAAUUGGCGCCUAUAAAUAGGGCUGGAUGGAUUAUAUAUUAGUGGAAAUAACUCUGGCAGUGGCUGGUAGGGCAGGAAGCAGGAAGCCCAAACAGGGAGUGGAGCCAGUGCUGCCAUCUGAACUGGAUGUAAGCAAGAAGGCAUGCUGGUGAAGGGCAGGCAGAGGUUGGCAGGGCACAGCCCUUUUCACAAGCUGGAAGGGACGUAAAGGUAAAGGGACCCCUGACCAUUAGGUCCAGUUGUGACCGACUCUGGGGUUGUGGCGCUCAUCUCACUUUAUUGGCCGAAGGAGCUGACGUACAGCUUCCGGGUCAUGUGGCCAGCAUGACGAAGCCACUUCUGGCAAACCAGAGCAGCGCACGGAAACGCCGUUUACCUUCCCGCCAGAGCGGUACCUAUUUAUCUACUUGCACUUUUACUUGCUUUCAAACUGCUAGGUUGGCAGGAGCAGGGACCGAGCAACGGGAGCUCACCCCAUUGCGGGGAUUCGAACCGCCGACCUUCUGAUCGGCAAGCCCUAGGCUCUGUGGUUUAACCCAUGGUGCCACCUGCGCUAUUACCUUCAUUUAGGGAUGCACUGUAGCUCAGUGGCUGGAGCCCCUGCUUCGCAUGCAGCAGGUCCCAGGUUCAGUCACUGCCAUCUGCAGGUAGGGCUGGGAAAGGCUCUUGACCAUAACCCUGGAGAGCCACUGUCAGUCAGUGUAGACAUUACUGAGCCAGGUGGACCCAAUGCUCUGACUCAGUAUAAGGGAGCCUCCUGUGUUCCUGUUUUGUGUCUGUUGCGUGGUCCAGUGGCAGAGGAAAUAAUCCUCUGCAUGCAGUUUCACUUCCCAUCAUCUACAAAGAGCAAGUCAUGGGAAAGACCCGCCCUUUGCCCGAAACUGUGGAAAGCUGCUGCCAGUUGAGAUUUAGGCCAAACUGGGCUAGGUGGUCUGAUGGUCUGCUUCUGCAGGCGACUCUUUCAUGUGCCUCCCUCCCAGUCUUCUUGCAACGGGGCUCUCUUCUUCCUUCUUGAAAUGUGACCUAUUGUUCAUUGUCUCUCUAAACAUUUUUUUUUUAUUUUAUUUGGACACAGUACAUCUGCUGUCCUCUUUUCCAGGCUCACUACUGAGAGAUGUUUAUUUCUUAAUAAGUAAAUCCUGGAGGGCUAGCACAUGCCUUGUUCAGCUGCAGAGCUGUUUGGGCCAAGCAUCCCUGCAGAAUCUCACCACCCCCAAUGUUCACAUUCUUCCUCCUCUUUCUCUCUCUUCCCUGAUACCCAGCGUUCUUGAAACGGAGCCGCAGUUUGGAUUUGAGGAAGCCAAGGAAAAACUGCAAGGUAUUGGGCAGGAACUCUCCCUUUUGGUAUCUUUCUGUGAUAUCUGCAUGUAUCAGGUAGGGGGCGUCCCUAUCAUUGGGCGCGGGGAGGGUGGCUAUGGCUGGUUGCGAAUGCGGAGCAUCCUUAAGAGCAGAUAGCUGUGUAAAAACCUCUAGGCUGGGGAUGGGGAUGUUGCUGAACCCUUGUCCAAAACCCUGAAGUACUACUGCCAGACAGUCUUGGGACAUUAUUUAUUUAUUUAUUUAUUUAUUUAUUUAAAUUUAUAUACUGCCCUUUAUCCAAAGAUGCCAGGGCAGUGUACAUUAAAAUUUGCAUAGUGUAAUAAUAAUAAAAAAUCAAUAAAACAACCACUAAAAAAAUCAUAACAACCCCUCCCUUUUUUAAAAAAACAGGCCACAGAUUGUUUAAUGGCCGAAAGCCUGGGUAAAGAGGAAUGUUUUUGUUUGGCACCUAAAUAUAUGUAAGAAACAUGCCAGGUGAGCCUCUCUGGGGAAAGCAUUCCAUGAAUGUGGAGCCACCACAGAAAAGGCCCGUUGUCGUGUUGUCAACCUCCGAACCUCUCACAGAGAAGGGCCUCAGAUAACAAGCACAGCAUCUGGGUCAGUUUAUAUGGGGAGAGGCAGUGCUGAAGGCUGCAUCGUCUUAAAAAACAAAAUAAAAUUAUGUGAGCAGGAGAAUUUAAAAGUUCUUCAAAGUGGUUGGUAGGGCCCACCUGGGCUCUUGCAGAGAGCAAAGUGUAGCCCACACCAACUCCUACCCAUGCCUCACUUCCUGUGCUGAAAGUAUGGGGUCACCUCCAACACUGGUCAUACUCCAAGUAGACCCAUUGAAAUGAAUGGAUAUAACUCACUCUGAUUAGAGUAGAGCCUUACUGAACAACAAACCAUUGUCCGGAGUUUGCCCGAGCCAACGAAAUCAGGCUCGUCUUGGAAAAGGUUAAACUGCAAGGAAGCUUGUUCCAAUCUAAGUUCUGCCAUCAGAAGUGUUACUUUGAGCAAGUGGGCAAGUGGUCUUUUCCCAGCUGUGGGAGCUUCAGCAUUCUCUGAAUGUGCAGGUGUGGCCCUGAAGCGUACGUUAUUAUUUUAUUUUCUAUGAAUAUUAAUACCCCUGUUUUCCACCCCAGGCCAAUCAAAAUAUCUUGUACACACCAGCAGCCCUUCUGUUGGGCAGUCUCUGUGCCGUUAACAGCUGGUGCUCUUAAACCCUUGUACACACAUCCUUUUAGCUGCUCCUCUGGCCAAAAGAUAAGGACAGGCUGGUCUCCCUCUUGCCCUGGCAAGUGCCAUAGCUCAAUGGCCAAGCACCUGCUUUGCAUUCAAAAGGUCCCAGUUUCAAUCCCCAGCGUCUCCCAGUCGGGCUGGAAGAGACCCCUGCCUGAAAUGCUGGAGAGCUGCUUCCAGUCAGUGUAGUCAAUACUGAGCUAAGUAGACCACUGGGGUGAAGCAUAUUCUCAUGCAGUAGAGCUUCUGCUUUGCAUGAGCACGGUCCCAAGAUCAGUCCCCAGCAUCUCCAGGUGUGACUGGAAAUGUCACCUGUCCGUAAUCCUAGAGAGCUGCUGCCAGUCGCUGUAGUAGACAGCAUUGAGCUAGUUGGGGCAACAUAGUUUCCAGCAGCUUCCUUUGUUCCUCGAGGACAGGGGUCGUAGCAUCCAGGGCUCCUUAGACCUCUGGCCAAGAAAGGAACCCAGAAUGUUUCCAUCCAGAUUUUCUUGAGCAAUUGACCUGUCCAUAAUAUUUUGAUAACGGGUUGGUUUUUGUCCCAUUGUACAGAACGCCCCUGGCUCGAAGAUUCCUACAAUGAAUGGCUGGCACGACUCAAGGUAUAUUAUUAUUAUUAUUAUUAUUAUUAUUAUUAUUAUUAUUAUUAUUGCUACUACUUACCAAGGUGCCAAGGCAGGUUACAAUAAGCUACAAGCAGUCACUCUUAACUACUGAAUAUAAUGCAGCUGGACAAAAGAAAGGGGUGUGUGUGUCUCUCCUUUUCAGCUGCAGAUCGUUGAAACUAAAAAACUCUCUCUUCCUUUUAAUAUUCCUUAUUUUAAAACAUACAGGGAUGCAGGUGGCGCUGUGGGUUAAACCACAGAAGCUAGGACUUGCCGAUCAGAAGGUCGGUGGUUCGAAUCCCCAUGACGGGGUGAGCUCCCGUUGCUCGGUCCCUGCUCCUGCCAACCUAGCAGUUCGAAAGCACGUCAGAGUGCAAGUAGAUAAAUAGGUACUGCUCCAGCGGGAAGGUAAACAACGUUUCCAUGCGCUGCUCUGGUUCGCCAGAAGCGGCUUAGUCAUACUGGCCACAUGACCCAGAAGCUGUACGCUGGCUCCCUUGGCCGAUAAAGCGAGAUGAGCGCCGCAACCCCAGAGUCGGCCACGACUGGACCUAAUGGUCAGCGGUCCCUUUACCUUUACUUUUAUUUUAAGACAAGUUAAUUUCAUAAAAGAAGGAUGCAGAAGAAUACAGCAUUCCGCAAUAAACAAGAAGGCUGAUUUGCAUGCAAUCAGUAACUCAAGUACUAAAGUGAAACAAAAUGGAGCAAAAGGGGUUUGGAUGAUAAUACUUUGGUGCGUGAUUACCUCUAAAUAUAGAAGCAAAAUGGUUUUGAACAUGCAUUUUAUGAAGUAAGACCAAGUGUAAACCCAAACAGUGUGAUAUUAGAAGAGGACGAUAGACAAGAUUCUCCCUAGAUUUCUGAUUUCCUCUCUGGAACAGCUGCUUUGUAUAAGAAAGGAAGCCACUUUUUUUUUAAAAAAAGUCAUUUGUACUUUACCUAUGGUAGAAUCUCUGGGUUUUGCUUUACAUUAACAAAAUCCAAAAUAUUUUCAGUCAUUGUCCCUGCUUAGCAUCUGCUUUUUGUGAGAUUCCUGUGUUGACGUUUCAGCCACUUGGCCACCAGCCACAAGCCUACGGAAUCCCAUAAAAUAGCCUAUUUAGAAAAGACCAGUGGAGACAGGACUUGGCCCAGACCAUUACAAAGACUAUCAAAACACUGUUUUGAAAUGUGAAUCCAUAGAAAGAACUCUGGAUUUUGCAAUGUGCUGGUGUCCAAGGGGGCUCUGGCCCAAGUAGUUUGAGGGAAAACUGGCCUACACCCUUUAAAAAAGCAACCCAAAAAUCCUAAUUAUUGUGACCUCUGCCCCACCCCCACAGAUUUGGACUGGAGAUCCCUCUAUAUAGAGCCAAAAGGAAGGUGAUGUGGGUGCCAACUGCCUUUCGGACUGUGCCAUAGCUUUGAGCUUGUUGAAUUCAAGGAACAACACAACAACAACAAACCUAUGGUGACGUGAAACAUACUCAAUAAACACACAGGACGUAACCGGCUGUACUUUUGAAUAAAUAGGGUAUACUAUUCAUUGUAUCAAAUUGUAGAUUUCAACGGACUGCAACCACUACCAUGCUAUAAAAUUCACUAUCCUGCAAUAUUACAUAUGAGCCUGUUCUACUGAUGAAGCCUAGGAUGGUGAAAAAAGGCUAAUAUUCCGGAAAUCCUUGUCUUAGACUCUGUGAAAGGAUUCUGUGGAACUGUAACAACCCUUCAUGUGGAUUAUUGGACUCUUUGAACAGACAGGUGGACUAGAUACUUUUACAUGUAUGGACCUUAUGCGUGAACUGACUAGAGAAUGAACUGAUCGAUCCACUGGGCCUUCUGCUUUUCUCAUUGAACUUUAUGAGACUUCCGUUGAAAUCUACAAUUUGAUACAAUGAAUAGUAUACCUAAUUUAUUCAAAAGUACAGCCGGUUAUGUCUUGCAAAUUCGAGGAACAGGCAAACUCAGAGCAGCCGAUGGACAUCUUUUGCUCUAGGGCAGACAUACUGCAUUUUCCUACAGAGGUCAUUUUCUCAGGCAGAAUCUGUUGAGCGGAAAGAGUAGCCUAUAGACUUUCCAGCAAAAGUGUUUUUUUGCUUACAGUCCUAACUCCACUUACCAGAGAGUAAGAUCCAUUGAAUUCAAUGGAACUCACUUCUGAAUAGACAUGGUUUGGGUCGCACUGUUCACUCCGUGUACAUAUUUUAACCUGCAGCCUGUCGGUGCUUCUCUGAAUGAUACUUUUCUUUUUCUUUUACAGGCCUCCCCUCAUAAAUGUGCCUUAAUUUUUGCAGAUAACAGUGGAAUAGACAUCAUAUUAGGCGUCUUCCCCUUUGUCAGGGAGCUGCUCUCUAGGGGCACAGAGGUCAGUUGAAUUACGGUGACAGUCUAAGGUAAACUGCCUCAAGCUAGCUCAUCACUGUUGAUGUUGUUACUUGAGAAGAUAAUGGCAUAAGUAACUGGGGGGAAAGAUUAUUUCAGCAAACUUGCCUUAGCUCCUCAUGGAUCGGAUAGAAGAAACUAUCCUAUACUGAACCACUUGGUGACUGGAAAGCUCUAGUGGAGGCUAUAUUAUUGGACUAGGAGGUUAAUCCCACCUCCUGGUGCUCUCCUACAGUUCAUUUCUUCAACUCACAUACAGAAGUGUACGUUGAACUUUUCACACUUGGCCCAAUGUGAUACUUGCCUUUCCUCCCUGUGUGUGUUCACAGGUUAUAUUGGCUUGCAAUUCUGGGCCUGCGCUAAAUGAUGUCACCUACAGCGAGUCCCUGCUUGUUACGGAGAGGAUAGCAGCUACGGAUCCUGUCAUACGGUGAGGACCAGUAUGGUGUUUCUUCUCUUUGGGCACACUCUUAAAAGCGAAGGUUUGAGACUUAUCACAAAGUUUGGAUUGCUGGUGGUUUGUUGAGUGAUCAGAAUCAAAGAGUUUGAACGAUACUCUGCUAAAUAAAAGCUUAAGGUUUUGUGAUGUGAUAUUUGAGACCAGGUGGCCCUCCAGAUGUUGCUGAACUUCAGUUCCUAUCACCCCCAGCUGUGUUUUCUGGGACUGAUGGGAGUUGUAGUUCAGCAACAUCUGGUGAGCCAAAGGUUCUCCACACCUGGUUAAGACCAAGGGUUGCUCCAAAUCCUGGUUUUCAUCAGAGUAGACCCAUUGAAAUGGAUGAACUUAGGUUCAUAAUUUCAUUGGGUCUGUACUAUGUAGGGCCUCAUUGAGUACGACCCUUAAUUUUGCAUAAUAUUGAAGAACUGUUUUAAACCCAAGACCUGGCAUAUUCGUAGCAUGUGAACAUUGAAGCUGAUCUUAAAAUUAUGCAUCUGCCUCCUUUUAGAGCUGCCUUGAAGGAAGAGAAGUUGCUCUUGGUACAGACAGGCUCAAGUUCACCCUGCUUGGACCUCAGGUAAGAAGUCUCCCUCCUGUAUACAGUGGUACCUUGGGUUACAUACGCUUCAGGUUACAGACUCCGUUAACCCAGAAAUAGUGCUUCAGGUUAAGAACUUUGCUUCAGGAUGAGAACAGAAAUUGUGCUGUGGCGGUGCAACUGCAGCAGGAGGCCCCAUUAGCUAAAGUGGUGCUUCAGGUUAAGAACAGUUUCAGGUUAAGAACAGACCUCCGGAACGAAUUAAGUACUUAACCCAAGGUACCACUGUAUUGCGAGCACAGAAAUCUCAGAUGAUGAUAACAGUCUGGGGGGAAGUCCUCCUUCUCACCACAAGGGGGCAGCAAGUGUUUGCUUUUUAGGGUCUGUAGAGCAUUGUGGUUCCACCGAGUUGUUCUGAGUUUCCAGAAGCACAUCAAAAGCAAAGCCUUUAGAUGAUGCAUGUCAGUUUCCUGCCGCUUGCAAAGAAACCUAGAAGCCGAAUGGGACAGCCGUGAAAUUGACAUGCAUCGCCCCAGUCUGAAGUGUCACUGACAUAAGAGCUGUGUGAAUGGGACCAUAAUGCUGGGCAUGCCCCUUAACCCAGGCAAACCGUGGGCGGCCUGUAUAAAGUGCUGUUGUCUAGGACAGGGGCAGGGCCACAAACUUCACCGGCCUUGCUUCGUGGUGUUGUGACCCCAUGGACCAGAGCACGCCAGGCACCCCUGUCUUCCACUGCCUCCUGCAAAAACUCCCUGCUUCGUAACCUCCUUGCUCGUUUUUGCCUGGCUGGAAUAGGCCCUUGAAUUCUGAUGAUGCUGAUGAACUAACCUACAGUAGAAAGGGUGAUAUUUGCAUUUAUUGCUCCGCCCAGUUUUGCCUCUGCUCCACCCACCGCUGACCUGCGGCCCCUCGGAAGGUUGCCAGGCACCAUGGACUGGCUGGACAGAGGAAUGUCGGGAGGCACCAGCUGGGGAACCCCCAAGGGAAGAAGGCUCAGAACCCAGGGAUUGGUGGUGGGAUGACGAUGAGUGGCCAGAGGGAGAAGACUGGGAGGACGAGGAGGUGUCGGAAGCUGAAGAGGCAACAGGGCUUAGUGAGCUGGGAGAGUCCGUGGUAUAGAGCAGUCCAGAAUCAGAGGCAGAAGCUGAAGCAGGCAAAUGGGAAGAGAGAGGCCAAGAGGCACAAAUGAGUCGGGCUGGUGUAGAGUCGGGGGGGGCAAGUCUCCCCCUCCUGCUGUGACAAGCUCUCCUCCCCCCGCCCUUGUCUCCCAGAACCAGAAGAGAGUUGAAACAGAUGGAGUCUCAUGCAGGCACAGUCUCCUAUUGCUUGGAAAAAGCCCUUAAGUGGAAGAGACUUGGGCAGCUGUGAGGACCUUCAGUCUCGGCAACUUCUUCAUUGGAGCAAUACUUAACAGGGAUGAGCUGCUGUGCCCAUUAGGCCUGGCACUCCUGUGCAGAUUGUGGUGGGGUUUUUUUUUUUUUUGCUAAUAACUAUUAGCUCCAACUGGCACCGUGUGAUUUACCGCUGACUCGCUGCUGACACCAGAAGGGAAUGGGGAAAUAAGGUUCCCCAUCCCUGGUAUAUAACCCGGUAUUAGCUGUUCACUGUGGUGUACAGUACCUGUCUCCCCCUCAACCUGUCUUGGGAGUCAUGUGAUACAGUGAGGGGGGAAAGUAUUUGAUCCCCUGCUAAAUUUGCCCGUUUGCCCUCUGACAAAGAAAUGACCAGUCCAUAAUUUUAAUGGUAGGUUUAUUGUAGCUGUGAGACACGGGUGGUGCUGUGGGUUAAACCACAGCGCCUAGGACUUGCUGAACAGAUGGUCGGCGGUUCAAAUCCCCAUAACGGGGUGAGCUCCCGUUGCUCGGUCCCUGCUCCUGCCAACCUAGCAGUUUGAAAGAACGUCAAAGUGCAAGUAGAUAAAUAGGUACCGCUCCGGCGGGAAGGUAAACGGUGUUUCCGUGCGCUGCUCUGGUUCACCAGAAGCGGCUUAGUCAUGCUGGCCACAUGACCUGGAAGCUGUCUGCGGACAAACACCAGCUACCUCGGCCUAUGAGUGCCGCAACCCCAGAGUCGGUCAUGACUGGACCUAAUGGUCAGGGGUCCCUUUACCUUUACCUUAUUGUAGCUGUGAGAGACAGAAUAACAACAGGAAAAACCCCAGAAACCCAGUUAGGUGUGAGAAGGCCUGCCCAGGUUUCGUGGAGUUGAGUGUUUUCCCGUCCCCCACUCACCAAGCUCUCCGCAUCUUAUUUCAGCCGUCUAGACAAAGGUUUGGCCAACCUGGUCCGGGAGCGGAAGACCGACCUGGUCAUCAUCGAAGGAAUGGGCCGCGCCAUCCACACCAACUACUAUGCAGCCCUCAAAUGCGAGAGCCUCAAGCUUGCCGUCAUCAAGAACUCUUGGCUGGCCGAUCGCCUCGGCGGGAAGAUCUUCAGCGUCAUUUUCAAGUACGAGGUGCCCCUCAAAUGAUCCGGGCGAGGAGAGACUCCAGGGGGUGAGCGGCGGCUGGAAACAGGACUUGCACUAGUUUUACUUUAAUUGUAAAGAAUGUAUUUUUAUUACCACAGGGAAAAUGAGUUCACACAAUUCCGUAUUUAUAUUGUGCUUUUAUGAUUUAAGGAAAGCGACAAUAUGAUUUAUUAUUUAUAUACAUAUAUAAACACACAAACACACACAAUUGUUCAUAUAUAUAUAUCUUUAUAUAGAUAUAUAUGUGUUUGUGUGUGUAAUGGAUUAUGUAUCUCACUCAUAUUGUUUUGGGUUUUCUCUCCAUUUUUUUUUUUUUUUGUAAGUGCUUAUCUUAAUGCUGUGGUGUUUGCGAUGGGAAAAGACUUGAUUUUUUUCUUCUGUGAGACAUUCAUAUUGAAAUAUUUAAAUGCCAGUGAAGAAUCUCUUUUUAUAUUUUGGCCUAAAUAUACACCAGCCAUUUACUUGGCAGAUACCAAAUAGAGUUUUUAAAGAGCUGGAGAAGAAGUCUGUUUUUGCUUUGGAUCCAAAUCCUUUGCUCCCAUUCCCCACCCUCACUCAGUAGGAUUUUCUCAGAGGCUGCAGGCCUGGAAGAGUUGCUUUAGAAAUGUGAAGCAGGAAAACUAGCUCCAAGGGACUGUGGCCCUUAAGCUUCCCCUACCACUACCUCACUCAUUAAAUCUGAAGCCCCACAGGUUAAAAUAAUUCACAAGGUCUGCAAAGCCUGAACCAGCAGGCAAAAUUGGCAGCUGCUCGUGAACCAAUUGCGUAUCACAUCUAAAAAUGAAACUUAGAAAGCUGACUUGAGGUGAAAGUAUCUUGUCCCUUUUCCCUGUUACAAAAAAAUCAAUUUGCUUUCUUGUUUAAUGCAUUUAUAUCCCACUUUUUUCUUCUAGCAGCUCCCAGAUUUGAACCUUUGUCUCCCAGGUCCUAGUCCAACACCCUUAACCACUGCAGGACACUGUCUCUCUCACACACUUGGCAAACUACAGACUUUGACACGUAGAUAUAUAUACAAGGAGGCAGCUUGGUCAUAACUUGCUUUUAUUUAGAUGACUUUUGUGAUACAUAAAAAUGUUGCUAAUUCUUUUGUUCCGUUUGUAAGGCAAGGUGGUUGGCUUGCAGAGAGGGUUUUAGAAGAGACUUCUACGGGGAGAGAGAGAGAGACAGCUCUGUGUAGUGGUAGCUUGUAUCCUAACUUAAUCUGCCCUUUCGUUUUAAAUCCCCAGCACAUAUUAAAAGAAGUAACUUGUGGCAGACCUUUGUGCCCUCUGCUGUUACAACCUGGGCCAAUGCUGCUGUCUCUCAGAUGUUCACAUGCUACUGCGGUUUGUGAGCAAGCUUGAACGCACACACAAAAAAGGAAAAGCUGCCGGAACUCUAGAUCACACAACGCAACACAGUCAGGGACACUGAUCUCAGUGAGCUUAAGCGCAUGCAAAUCUGUGCUGCAUUGAGGCAUUUGGGAAAGUUGGUACUAGUCCUUACUACAGCUGGGGGCACCUGCCCGCUCUUUUGCGAUGGAAGCACUUCCUAGCUUCAUCUGCAAAACCUAGGCUUCCGUUAAGCAUUUGAUUAAAAACACCACCUCCUUCUGAGCAACUUGUCAAUAACACAGCUGAACAGGUCCACAGGAGUGCCAUUUAAGGCUGCUUAUACUCAGCACUAAAUGCAAAUAAUGCUCUGGGCCAAGGAAAGGUCAAGAAACUCUUUCUACCUGCAUCUGUUCUACAUGUUGAGCACACUUCCACGAUUUAUGUUUCUUGUAAGGGAGGAGAUCUGCAGGCAGCUGAAACAACACAUGCAACCCUCCCCCAGAGUCUACAGCAUUUCCUUCUUUCAUUAGACUAGCAACUUGCUCUCAAAAAAGCUUGCUAUGGAGCUCAGAACUGUACUUUACUUGCCACUGUGUCUGCCCACCCGCACAACUCCCUAGAAGCCCAACGGUGCUGCUGCUUCCCCUUAGACUUCCAAAUGAAUUAUUUGCAUAGCUUUCACUAAGGUUCUUCCAACAACUGUUAUCAGCAUUGGUCAUCCUGCCAAGGCUGUGGUUUACAGACACCGGUAACAUGUACUCUGGAAAAGUGAAAAUGUUAAAACACCCAGGACCCAGGCGCUAGCAAGCCCCCAAACAAACUGGUUCAGUCGCCUGCGGUUUGCAACGUUACAUAUGGGAAGAGGGUUUUAGGGUUUGUGUUAUUACAGAGAACCUACGCUAGAUUUUAGCCAGGCACCCCCUCUAUUGUUAGGAAGAGCUCUCAAGCGAGCACCACUAAGUAAUGCAUAGUAGAGUUGCUUUUAAAAAAGGGGAGAAGAAGUUCAUUAAGGUUUGGCCUUUUGCUUUUCCUACGUCGACUCAUGGCUUCGAUUUCCCUGCACUCUCUUGCGGCGUCCCUUCUCUCGGCCGGAAGCGUUGGCUCAGCUCCUUGGUGAACACGGCGCAGCAAGAUUUCUAAACACAAGGAAAGGCAGAGAGAAUGAUAGUGCUGUGCUUUUUCCCCUUCCCCUUAAGGAUGGGGAAAUAUGUGCCCCUCCAGAUAUUGCUGGUCUCCCAACUCGCAUCAUCUCUGACCAUUAGGCCUGCUGAUCGGGGCUGGAAAUCGAAUGAGACCUUGGAGGGCCACAGACUGAAGCACCACCUCAAAGAGUUUAAAUGUAAAUCAGAAAUUCCACACGUGCAUUACUUUUUCUUUUCUUUUGAUAAGCCAUUAAGUUUCUAGUACAAGAAAAGUGGGCUAUGAUACAUUGCUGUGUCGCGAUCAGCUAACUGUGAACAUCUGUAAAGUGAGAGGGAAGGGCACUGUGACAACAGGAGGCUGGGAGGCCUGUCAAUUAGAAACUGCUGAUUUCCUUUACAAACUCUCAUUAAGGUUUGCUGAGCAGUUGGAGGUGAUUGAUGGUGGUACAAAAACGGUUCGUAAUAAACAUUUCGCAAGGGAACCCCACAAUUGGCAAAAGAACGUCCUGCAGGAAAUCUUUUUUUUUUAAAAAAAAAAGUAGAAGAAAAGUCGCAAUGUUCCCUAAUGAGCACCUUCAUUGGAAAUAAAAACGCAGCGGCAGGUCAGUUCACAUG